UUUCCCUUUCUUAUCGACAGGUCGAUUUUUGAAUUUUCGUGCGAGUAAUUUUUGAGAAAUUCGCAAGAGUCAUGUCGGACACCGAAGUGCAAGAAGCUCCGAAGAAGCGCGGUCGCAAGCCUGCUGCACCGAAGGCCGAAAAGCCAGCGAAGAAGCGUCCUGCCGAAGAUUCGGACGAGGACGAAGAGGAUCACAAGGAGGACUCUCCUGAAGCCGAAGAACCAAAGGUGAAGCGCGGACGUGGUCGACCGAAGGCAGGUACUGGUGGUGCUGCUGCCAAAAAGCCGAAAGCGGCCGGAGGGUCUGGACGUGGUCGCGGACGCCCGAAGAAGAACGCGUCGUAAAUCGGCAAGUGGUUAAAUUUUCACCAAAAAAAGAAGAAAAAAAAGACGCUGCGAGAGUCUCAAAAAGCAAUGCGAGAUCGCCGCCUUUUCAACCCUAAAUCCCCCCUCCCUACUUCGCACCUUCCGUGAGCAGAUGAAAAUACCCCAGAAUCUUUAUCCGCUGAUCUCAGGCACGUCAUUUUCAAUAAGCGUUAUUUGUGGCUGCGGUUGAGUGAGCGGGUGAUUUCUCGAGACGACAGGCCGAAGUACAAGAUUUCUCUUCUUAGUUUUACUUGGCACUGCUUCGCGUAGGAACUAUUCUUUUGACUGACUGACGGGGACGAUUGUAUGUCUGUGAGUGUGUAAAAGCUCGGGUGUUGUGAAUGUUUUUUUGUUUUGUACGUAAAGACGAGGUAGUCGAUUUCAUGGUAACCAGUUUUUCUUAGCCGUGUUUUUUGUAUGGCUCCUGUGCCGGAAAAAAUGGCCUUUUCAUUUCAUGGCAGUGUUUUUACUUGAAUAAAACUUCUCUCCGUACUUGCAUCAUAUCAA